AAAGAUAUAUGAAGAGAUAGUGAUGUUUCAUAAAGUAGAUUAUGAGAUACUGGCACGGACCUAAAACGAAUCUUUACCAUGAUAAUAGUAUAGUCUCCUUAAUUGGUUGCUGGCGAGGCAUCGCAGGACCGCCGGAGCCGUUUGGUGGUCAGCACGACAGGCGGCACAGCGAGCAGCAGACAGCAGCUGGCGCCGCAGGGAGGGCCAGCAGGAGGCACUAGGCAGCAGCUGGCGCCGCAGGGAGGGCCAGCAGGAGGCGGCGCGGCGAGGGUCAGUGACUCCCCCCACACUCCCCGUCCCGUCGCUCUCAGUCAGUGCAGGAGUGGGUCACCUGAGCCACGGCUGGCAGCCCGCGGUGAAAAUGCCAAGUUUCAAGAGCCUGUCGGACCAUUCUGGGUGGCCACAAGAUGUUGGGAUUCUUGCCAUGGAAGUUUACUUCCCUGCAGAGUAUGUUGAGCAAGAGGAGCUGGAGGCUUUUGAUGGAGUUUCUCAGGGGAAGUAUACAAUAGGUCUGGGCCAGACCAAGAUGGGGUUUUGCUCUGACCGUGAAGACAUCAAUUCCCUGUGUUUAACUGUUCUCUCUCGCCUCAUGGAACGGACAGGUGUUGGUUAUGAAAACAUUGGCAGGCUUGAAGUUGGGACAGAAACAAUAAUUGAUAAGUCAAAGAGUGUUAAGAGUUGCUUGAUGCAACUCUUUGAGGAAUCUGGCAACACGGAUGUGGAAGGCAUUGACACCACCAACGCCUGCUAUGGGGGGACUGCUGCCCUUAUCAAUGCCAUCAACUGGGUGGAGUCCAGCUCCUGGGAUGGUAGAUAUGCAGUGGUGGUUGCUGGAGACAUAGCAGUUUAUGCCACAGGAGCAGCUCGGCCCACAGGGGGUGCCGGAGCCGUGGCCAUGCUGGUGGGGCCACAUGCACCGCUCAUCAUGGAGCGAGGUUUGCGUGGAUCACAUAUGUGUCAUGUGUAUGACUUCUACAAGCCUGACCUCUCAUCAGAGUAUCCCACUGUAGAUGGCAAGCUUUCUAUACAGUGUUACCUGUCUGCUUUGGAUGCUUGUUAUCAAACAUUUUCACGCAAGGCUGCUGCCAAAGAACCCUCAUCUCCACCCAUAUCACUGAAAGAAAUGGAUGCUGUCAUCUUCCAUUCACCAUUUUGCAAGUUGGUACAGAAGUCACUUGCCAGGUUAGCUUUCAAUGAUUUUCUCAACUGCCCACCUGACCAAGUUGCAGCACAGUAUCCAGGACUUGAGGCUUUUCGAGAAAAGAAGCUAGAAGACACAUACUUUGACCGGGAUGUGGAGAAGGCCUUUAUGACUUACAGCCAAGACCUGUUUCUUAUGAAGACCAAACCAUCUUUGCUUAUUGCCACACAAGUUGGCAAUAUGUACACUCCCUCUGUCUUUGGGGGCCUUGCUUCAUUUAUUUCUUGCAACUCUCUUGAGAGUCUGGCAGGGAGACGAGUGGUGCUAUUUUCUUACGGGUCUGGACUUGCAGCAACCAUGUUUUCCCUACGCAUAUCUCAGGAUGUUGGUCCAGAUUCUUCACUGACGCAGCUUGUUGCCUCUUUAGAGAAUCUGCAACAACGUUUAGACUUACGACUUAAGGUUUCUCCAUCUGAAUUUGCUGAUGCCAUGAAGUUGCGGGAAGAUACACAUCAUAAAGCAUCAUACAACCCUGUUGGAAACAUAGAUCGGUUGUUCCCUGGAACAUGGUACCUCGUUCGGGUUGAUGAGAUGCAUCGCCGACAGUAUGAACGUCGGCCACUAGUUGGAGUCCAUGCUGGGCCAGGGAGUACAGCUGUAACUGUUCCUAUGAAGGAAGCUUCCUUACCAACUACAGAGUCUACACAAAGUCGCUGUUUUGGUGGUAUCGGUGACUACCAGCAUGGUGAUGGUCAUGACAAGACGAAGGCGCGUGAUUCGGCAGUGUUGGUAUGCUGGAGCGGCAGGAAAUGUCAACAUUACAUCAGCUGAGCGGAGGAUUACGAAGGAUAAAUGUGAAAAAUAAACGUACAAAGAGUAAACGUGAAAAAUAAAUAUAAAGAGUAACUGUGAAAAAUAAAUAUGAUGAUAAAAUGUGGUGUGUCUGGCUGUAAUACACCACUCAAAUCUGCUGAUAGCCUAAUAUCUCCCAGGGGUAAUAGUUGAAAAAUGAAAAUUUAUUUCAUAAUGGUGACAAGUAUUAAAGUUCUAUUACUUGGCAGAUGUCAACACGACAGACUCUUCAUAUAU